UCCGUCUCUGCCGGGCCAUGCUGUGCCGCGCACUGCUCCGCCGCGCCUCGGCCUCGCCGCACCGUCGGUGCUCGCCGCUUCCUCUGCAGCACCUGUUGGACGGCUACCAGUGCAGGCGGGAAUAUGACCAUCUCUCUUACGGGGAAACGGGAAUGCCGGUCCCUCCGUUCGGCUGCGCCUUUUCGACAGCCCCUAAUUGGGAGCAUGUCCUGGCAGUUGCGAAUGAAGAAGGCUUUGUCAGACUGUACGAUGCUGAAGCUCAAACCCCCAGCAAACACAUCUUUAAAGAGUGGCAGGCUCACUCCAAUGCCGUGUUUGACCUUGCCUGGGUACCAGGGGAACACAGGAUUGUCACUGCCUCAGGAGAUCAGACAGCCAAGGUGUGGGACGUGCGAGCUGGCGAGCUUCUUGGCGCGUGCAAAGGUCACCAGUGUAGCCUCAAGUCGGUUGCUUUUUCUAGGUUUGAGAGAGCUGUCUUCUGUACUGGAGGUAGAGAUGGAAACAUCAUGGUUUGGGAUACCAGAUGCAACAAGAAAGAUGGAUUUUAUAGGCAGGUGAAGCAAAUCAGUGGAGCACACAAUGUGGUUGACAAACAGACUCCUUCCAAACCAAAGAGGAAGAGGCAGAACCUAAGGGGACUUGCUCCCUUGGUGGAUUUCCAGCAGAGUGUAACUGUGGUGCUGCUUCAGGAUGAGCAUACUCUUAUCUCUGCAGGAGCUGUUGAUGGUGUGAUCAAAGUAUGGGACUUGCGCAAGAACUACGCUGCUUACCGUCAGGACCCGAUGCCUUGCAAGUCCUUUUGCUACCCUGGGACCAGUACUCGCAAACUUGGAUAUUCCAGCCUGGUGUUGGAUUCCACCGGUGCUAAUCUGUUUGCUAACUGCACUGAUGACAGUAUCUACAUGUUCAGUAUGACAAGUUUGAGGAGCACUCCAGUGGCAGUUUUCAGCGGGCACCAGAAUUCAACCUUUUACAUCAAAUCCAGCACCAGCCCAGAUGACCAGUUCCUGAUCAGUGGCUCGAGUGACUGCAAUGCGUACAUCUGGAAGGUUUCUGAGCCCAGCCUUCCUCCACGGAUACUCCUUGGUCACUCUCAGGAAGUUACCUCCAUUGCUUGGUGUCCUUCAGACUUCACUAAGAUUGCCACAUGCUCUGAUGACAACACUGUGAGGAUUUGGCGCUUACAACAUCGUCCUGAGGAGGAGAAGUCAGCAUCCAGCAAAGUCAGCUUGGUGGGCUGGGUCACUCAGAAGAAGCCACAAGAACAGCAUGGAGCAAGACGGCCAGCCAGCCCACAGAGUACUCCUGCCAAGGCCUUCACAGCAGGCAGCCUGUCCGUGUCCUCUCCGCAGCCAGCUGCCUGUGCUCCCAUUGACUCUGGAGACCUUCCCCUGUCUACAAACACUCCAACAGGCACUCUUAAAACCCAGUCUGCUGCAGCCUGCACCCCAGGCAAGCAGACAAGAACCAGCCCAUGUGCUUCUCCCAGACCGAUCCCUUCCUCCAAGAUGUCCAUUAAGCACUGGGUUACAAGGACUCCAUCCACUUCUCCAGAAGUGGGCAAAAAGGCUCCUUCUCCUAGAAAAGCCCUGGCAGAAGUCACCCAAGGUGUCCUGGAAGCCACUUGCCCUCCUAAAGCCCCGCACUCACAGCUUGAAAAGCGUGCCAAGAGAAGGCUCGACUGCGGCAAGGAGGAAGAUGCAGGGCAGAAGUGUCUGCAGGCCUGUAGCUGUGUGACUGAACUGGACCACGCAGUGAAGAAAUCCAAGCUGAAUCUCUGGCACUUGGCUGCAGACCAAAAAGCUUGUGAUGAAGGCUCCCUCAGCCUGGCUGGCUUGGAUAACGACCACAGCCCAAAAGAGCCUUCCUUUCCUGGAAGCCAUAUGAAUCAAUUGAGCCCUCAAACUGCCCCCCAUCCUUUCAGACCUCCAUGCGGGAAAGCCACUGAAGUGAUGGAUAAGGAGAAUAGUUCACCUGAAAGGAAAAACUGGUUGUCUGCUCUAGGGGAGAAGCGACGGACUGGCAGAGCUGGAAGCCAGAAUGCAUCCAACAGCCCCCCAGCAUCUUGCAGUCCUGGUGCCAAGCUACAAGAGGCAGCAGCCGCUCCACCAAGAACUGCUGCAACCGCUUCAGUUUCCAUGAGGAAAAUCUGCACAUACUUCCACAGAAAGCCACAGAACGACUGAAGCAGCAUGCGGCGGUGGCACCUGAUGGAUGUCGACACUGUGCUGUCAAGACCGGAUUUAGCAUCACCGACAACGAAGCACUGGGAUUACAGUUUGUUGUCAGACAUUUACAAACUUGGAGGUUUGUUCUUCUGUUUUUAAAGCUGUUAACAGUAGAAGUCAGCUGAGUGUGGGCAAUCUACACCACACUUACCCGUGGUCCAUACUGACUCCGGAUGAUGGAUUGUUUUAAUAAAGCAAACCUGAGUAUUUUUCACAU